AUUUGCAUAUAUGAACAUGCUUACUAUCAAAAAAGUAUGCAUGGAUUUAAAAAGCUUUUUGUAUCAAAACAAAUGUGUACUUUAUCCCAUUUUCCCAUGAACUCUUUUUAAGUUUGCUGGUGUUAUUAUGGAUGUAGAUCUCCUAGCAGGUCUUCAGGGACUCCCAGGAUUAUGGACCACACAUGGAGAACUGCUGCUCUAGAGAACCACAAAGCCUUUCUCAAGGACGUUCACAGCAGUGAGGACGUUCACAGCAGUGGUGUACGUAAAAACAAAAGCCCAGAGACAGCCCACGUUCCCAUCAACAAAAGAUCGGAGAAACUGUCGGUAUCUCACACAAUGGCCUACCACACAGCAGUGAAUGAGUGUGCGAGGACUCUGCAGUCACCUGGAUGGAUUUCAGUCUUUUGUACUCCCGAAGGCAGAGCCAUUUGGUACAAGAGUUUAUUUAAAAGGUGAUUCCUGGAAGCAGAAAUGAGAAGUGAGCAAAAAAGGAAGAAAAGGCAACAAAAUGUGCAUUUCUGAGCUAUUUAUGACUGUGGGCUACUGUGCUCAAUCCCACUGGGCCUCUCAGAGGAAUCAUGCAGACGCUGCUCAGAACAGACCCUCUGAAGGGAUGAAGGAGCAUUUUCCACUGACUCCCAUCACUGAGCUGAUGAUCCCAGGCAUUAACUUGAUGUGCCCGGAGCCCCUCCUGACGCUCCUUCCCGAUGACCGAUGAUUCUGCACGGAGGAGGGGUGUUCCCAGCGUGGAGACUGGUUCUGUCAGUGACGGAUGAGGGUCCCUGAUUCCAAAAGUGCCCGGGUGGAGAUGGCAGGUUCCUCUGCGUCCUGGCGCUGUCGCUGCCUCUUCACGGUCAUCCUGCUCCAGCUGCCUGCCCACGGGUCAGGGGACAACAGCAAGUUCCACACGGCCCCGCUAGGGGGCACCGCCGAGCUGCUCUGCCCGCUCCCGCUCUGGCCAGUGCAGGCGCCGGUGGAGGUGAGGUGGCUGCGGUCCCCGGCCCCGCAGCGCUCCCUGGCUGUUCACGUGUUCCGGGACGCGAAGGACUGGGAUGAAGGCGUGAUGCCGGCGUAUAAGGGCAGGACGGCGCUGGUGAGAGACGACCGAGAGGGAAGGGUCGCCCUGCUGAUCCGCGACGUGCGCCUGGAGGACCGAGGGCCAUACCGAUGCCAGAUCCAGAUCGCGAACCUGACUCUGGAGGGCACCGUGACCCUGCAGGUUGCAGUUCUAGGCUCUGUCCCUUACAUCCACGUGGAGGGCUACAAUGCGGGAUGGAUCCAGAUGGUGUGCAGGUCGGUGGGAUGGUUCCCAGAGCCUCGGGCCGAAUGGAGAGACCCUCAAGGCAGGCUGCUUCUAUCCCUGUCGGAAGUCCACUCCCUGGAUGAAGCUGGGCUCUUCCAAACAGCAGUAUCCAGCAGAGUCAGGGACAGCACUCCAGGCAAUGUGUCCUGCACUCUCCACAACCCAGCCCUUGGCCAAGAGAAGACCACAGCCAUGGUCAUAGCAGCCCCUUCUCCAGGGAGGAUCUCCUCCUCAGACGUGGCUCUUGCUGUGACCCUACCUAUCCUGAUAUUUCUCAUCAUCGUGGGCAUUUAUUUCAUCUGGAAGCAAAGAAAAUCUAAAGAGAAGCUUCUCUAUGAGCAGGUGAUGGAGGUAGAAAAUCUUCUCUCAGACCAUGCCAAAGAAAAAGGAAGACUGCAUAAAGCCCUCAAGAAACUCCGGAGUGAAUUGAAGUUAAAAAAAGCUGCAGCAAACUCGGGCUGGAGAAGAGCUCGGCUACACUUUGUGGCGGUGACUCUGGACCCAGACACAGCACACCCCAAGCUCGUCCUGUCUGAGGACCGCAGGUGUGUGCGACUUGGAGACAGAAAGCAGCCCGUGCCUGACAACCCUCAGAGAUUUGAUUUUGUCGUCAGUGUCCUGGGGUCUGAGUAUUUCACGGCUGGCUGUCACUACUGGGAGGUGUUCGUGGGAGACAAGACCAAAUGGAUCCUUGGGGUGUGUAGUGAGUCGGUGAGCAGGAAGGGCAAGGUCACCGCCUCACCUGCCAAUGGACACUGGCUUGUGCGACAGAGUCGUGGGAAUGAGUACGAAGCUCUCACGUCCCCACAGACCUCCUUCCGCCUGAAAGAGCCCCCGCGGUGUGUGGGGAUUUUCCUGGACUAUGAAGCAGGAGUCAUCUCUUUCUACAACGUGACAGACGGGUCCCACAUCUUCACUUUCACCCAUACUUUCUCUGGCCCCCUUCGCCCUUUCUUUGAACCUUGUCUUCACGAUGGAGGGAAGAACACGGCACCUCUUGUCAUUUGUUCAGAACUACAGAAAUCAGAGGAGUCACUGGUCUCCAAGCCAAAAGGCAAAGGCCAUGCGAAUGGAGAUGUGUCUCUGAAGGUAAACCCUUCCCUCCUGCCUCCCCAGGACCCAGAGCUCGGGGAUAUGAUCCUGUCCUGGCCCUCCGACCUCGGCCCUGCCCUGCAGGGGCUCAAGGUUCCUUCGUUUUAGGAGUGUGUCUCAUCGCCAGCUCCCAUGACCAUCUGGCACCUUGGUGCCAGUCUCUGGGCCCAGCACAUGAUUGUGGAACAUCUCAUUCCUUUACCCCAAAUCCAGACCCUUUCAUGGUUUCCAUUUGUACUUUUCUUCCAGGACUCAGUUCUGAACCUUGCCUUUCUUCUAGUGCUUUAAAAGUCCUAUUUCCAUGAAAGAAGAGCUUCUGAAACGAACUGAACCCUCAGUUUAAGUUUAGGUGGAGAUGUUGUAUGUUUGUCACGAAAAUAUAGCACAGGUUCAGGUUUGGGGAAGGGUUCUGCUGGAGCGAGUAUUUUGAACUUUUCUCUACCUCAUCCUGCACUUGGGCUUUUAGUCGUGAGGUUAUGUCCCCCGGGGCCUGACUUCUAACUUACCCAUCAAGGACUGCUUUUCUCUCUUUCUUUCUCUCCUUCUAGCAGUUCAGGCUAGUAGUCCCCAAACUCAGCUGUUUAAAAGUAAGCACAUGGGGACCAGCAGAUGGUGUAAUGUUUAUGUUGCUGGAGUCCCACAUAGUCAACCAUGGUUUGAGUCCUGGACCUGGUGGCUUGAAACUCACAUUGGGCACAUGUGUAUGCGUGCC